CUCUGGGGACACUCUGAGAUUUUGCCAGCAGGUGGCACUUGUUCCCUACUCUUACCAAAGACAAGAAAUAGCAUGUUCUAUUUAUUACUGCUUUGUUUAGCUAGGCUGAAGCACUUCUCUUUCCCUAGUGUAGGGGGCGAAAUAUCUGGCUACACACUGCAAUACAUUUCGACUCUUCUCCCACAAUGGAUGGAAAAUUGUUUACAGUAUUCAACACAUAACAGUAAAAUGUGAAAGAAAGGAGAAUAUAAAUCACAGUAAGGAACAUCAGAUUAUAUUAAGGGUUGUUAGUAAAUCGAGGGAUGAUAUUUUUAUUAUUGUAUCUUUUCCUUGUAUUUAUUUUGAGACAGGGUCUUGCUGUGCAGUCCAGAACUCACUAGACCGACAAAGUCAGACCUCCAGUAUGGCGCUCCUCAGGCCUCAGUCUCUGGAAUGCUAGGCCUACAGUGUGGGUCACCUGGCUCCAUUCUUGGGUCUUUAGAUGAAUGGGAAGGGGGAGGGGAAGAUGUCUUUCCUAGGAUUUGAAAUAAAAAUGGAAGUGCACACCUAGGGCAAGCAAGUUUCUGUCUGCUUUUCAUCUCGUUAACCCAACAGUCCGUGCUAUUUUAGGCCUGCAAACGUGAAGCGGUCUCUUUAUUGCUCUGCGUCUCUAGGGUUACACAAUCCUCAUCCUUCCACUCAUUAGCUUCCAUUUCCAGAGGGUCCUUCAACCAUGCAUUCAUUUUCCACAUUGUUCUCGGGAACACAGGAGCACGGUUUAGAUGGUCCUGCGUUACCAGAGCAAUUUGUGAGAGUCCCCUUGAGACAGAGUCCUGCUUCGGAGACAAAGCUGGAAAGUCAGUGUUAUGGUCAUACAAACCAGGCAGUGUUCUGGUCAAAGGCGAAAUCUGUCAUUAUAGGAUUCUCAAAUCGGUAAAACUCCAUGCUUCAAGUUUCUCUUGAACGGGAAAUAAGGUUAAAACUUGCCUCCAUUAUCAAUGGAGUUUGUAUGGGACCCUGUGACUCAGUAGCUGGAUGAGGCCCCUAACUAUUCCUUCCCAGACCUUGAGUGGCUCUCGGUUGUCAAUCAACCCUGCGAGAAAGACCUCAGUCUUGCCCCGCCUAUCGCUGUGAAAGUGCGGACAAAGAUUAGGGGCGGGACCAGGCGGGGCAGGGGGCUCGGAAACCGGACCCGGGAGCGGGUUCCGGGAGCUUUGGGGCCGGCUCCCUGCGUCCCGGCGCGGUGGUGGCGGAGGCAGCUGGCGCGCGGCUUUGUGGCGUGCAGGGGUUCCACCGAGUGUCGUGGAGGCACAGCCAGCGAGGACACUGCCUGGUCGCGGGUGCCGCAUGGCUAGCCCCGCUCGGUCCGGCUUCCCGGCGCGCACGAACAGCCGUCUGGACGCGUUCCUGCGGCGGCACCUGGCGCCCGAGGUCUACGACGCCGUCCGCGCCUACGAGCCGUGCAUCGUGGUGUCCGACGCAGAGAAGCACACGUUCAAGUACGUUGUGCUCAGCGACCGGCUCAUCUACCUGACCGAGAACCCGCCCAAGUCCAUCCGGCGGGUCGUGGCUCUGCGGGACGUCGUGGCCAUUGACCUGGAACUAGAACAAUCAGAGAAAGAAUUGAGAACAAGAAGAGAAAACGUACCCGAGGCAAAGCUGGAAAUCUAUGCGGGAAUAACGGAAGGUCAUGGCAAGUUUGAAUUUACAUCAUGGAUAGCAGAAAUUAAAGAGUAUGCAAUGUGACCAAGAGCCUAUGACUUCCCUACGAUGAUGGACAUGUGACAGUGACACAGAAUAAGCCCUUCCUUCCUAAAUUGUUUAUCCCAGGGGGUAACAGCAACAGAGAAAAAAAAAAACAAAGACAACAAGUUAUCAAAUUUUGUUCUUUCACAACCCACCUGUCUGGGUCACUGCAGAAAAGAUGGAAUCAUAUCUAUAAAGCAUCCGACAGUUUCCAAGAGAGAUAGGUAUUUAACAAUGCCAUAUUUCCUCCCUACCCUUACUCCUGCUGUCUCGUACACUCCUGAAAAUAUUUCUAGAGGUGAACCCAUGGGAAGAUGCUUGAAGAAGCUUCACUCCAUCUCAGCAAUGUGCUACCCUCUCAAAGACAGUGCAAAGUGAACAUUCACACAAUUUUGAGUUCAGAUUUUGUUCAUCCCACACCAAACUCUUCUCCUUGGUGUAAUUAUGAAGUGUGAUAGCCUUCUGACAUCACCUUGUUUCCUCUGCCUAAUACUUUCUUAAGACAAUGGAUUGAAGAUCUAUGCCCAUGCUGCUAAAAUUCAUAUGCUGGCCCUUAAGCCUUGGUGUGACAGAGCUAAAAAAGGAACCCUUGAGAAGUGGUUAGUUUGUGAGUGCAGAGCCUUAUCAACGACAUCAAUGCUACCUCUAUUUCCACCAAAACACAACACAGAGACAAUUACAAUCUGUGUACUAGGAAGCCCUCAGUUAACACUGAAACUUCCAGCACCUUCAUCCUGACUGUUCAGGUUCCAGCACUCUAAGAAUUAAAUGCGUCCUGUCUAAACCACUCUGUCCAUACUGGUUUGUUAUAAUAACCUGAACAGGCACUAGGUUAAAGAUGCCUUGGUAAGUGGAAGACUUGUAUGACAAGAACUUUAAAUCUUUGAAGAAAGAAAUUGAAGAAAACACCAGAAAGUGAAAAGACCUCUCAUGCUCUUGGGUAGGCAGAAUUAAUAUAGUAAAAAAUGGCAAUCUACGGAUUCUGUUGGACUAGAAGUCCAAACAUCAGGGAGGAGUUGCUCCAGACACCACUCACAGCUGCAACUGAUGCAAAAGAAGAAGAUUUUUAUUCUGUCAUGACAGGGUCUUUCAGGUUCGGGAUAUGAAGGACAUCGAUAGCUGUUACAGUCCAUCUUUUAAAGCGAACAGCCACAGACACAAGGGGGAAACCUGUAGGUUGUUUUCCAUCUUAUUGGAUUGGCUUAUUCAAAGGGUUACUAGCAGUGAUUGGUCUAUUCCAGAGCAGGAGGAUAGCUGCAUGGUCAGGUGAUAAGGGAGAGCGUCUGUGGUCCAUCCUGACCUUGGUCCAGUGACUAAAUCAAUACAUCAGGAACUGAGUCAACAUCUGUGGGUUGUCUUUGCCUCAAUUCCCAGAAUGGAGUUAUGUUUGAGAUUAUUCACAAGGACACAGGUCGAUAAGCAGUCCAGAAUGUGCGUGUGUGUGGGCGACUGUCCCUUUUCCAAGAUAGAGUGAGUGUAAGGUUUUAGAAAAAUGUCUUAGGUUGGUUGAGGGGGGCUUACAAAUGCAUUUAGAGUCUUUCAAUUCAACACAAUGCCCAGCAAAAUUCUUCAAAGACCUCGAAAGGAUGGUACUCAACUUCAUUUGGGAAAGCAAAAAACCCAGGAUAGCCAAAAUAAUCCUGUACAAUUAAAUAACUUCUGGAGCAUCACAAUCCCUGAAUUCAAACUCUACUACAGAGCUACAGUACUGAAAACAGCUUGGUACUGGCAUAAGAACAGAUAGGAGGAACAAUGGAACCAAAUAGAAGACCCAGAUAUCAAUUCAUACAUUGACAAACACCUGAUUUUGACAAAGAAGCAAAAAAUAUCAAAUGGAAAAAAGAAAGCAUAUUUAACAAGUGGUGGGGCUGGAGAGAUGGCUCAGUGGUUAAGAGCACUGGCUGCUCUUCCAGAGGUCCUGAGUUCAAUUCCCAGCAACCAUAUAAUGACUCACAACCUUCUGUAAUGAGAUCUCACACCCUCCUCUGGCGUGCAGGCAUUUAUGGAGGCAGAAUGUUGUAUACAUAAUAAAUAAAUAAAUCUUAAAAAAAGGAUUUGAUUAUCUUUAAAAAAACAAGUGGUGCUGGCAUAACUGGCUAUCAACAUGUAGAAAAAUGAAAAUAGACCCAUAUCUAUCACCAUGCACAAAACUCAAGUCCAAAUGGAUCAAAGACCUCAACAUGAAGCCAGCCACACUGAACCUUAUAGAAGAGAAAGUGGGAAAUACACUUGAACACAUUGGCACAGGAGACAACUUCCUAAAUAUAACCCCAGCAGCACAGACACUGAGAGAAACAAGUAAUAAAUGGGACCCCCUGAAACUGAAAAUCUUCUGUAAGCAAAGGACAUGGUCAACAAGAGCAAGAGACAGCCUACAGAAUGGGAAAAGAUCUUCUCCAGCCCCAUAUCAGACAGAGGUCUGAUCUCCAAAAUAUACAAAGAACUCAAGAAAUUAGUCACCAAAAGAUCACAUAAUCCAGUUUAAAAAAAUGAAGUACAGACCUAAACAGAAAACUCUCAACAGAGGAAUCUAAAAUGGUUGAAAGACACUUAAGGAAAUGUUCAGCAUCCUUAGCCAUCAGAGAAAUGCAAAUAAAAACAACUCUGAGAUUCUAUCUUACACCUGUAAGAAUGGCCAAGAUCAAAAACACUGAUAACAACUUAUGCUGGAGAGGUUGUGGGGAAAAGGGAACACUUCUGCAUUGCUGGUGGGAAUGCAAGCUGGUACAACCCCUUUGGAUGUUAGUGUGGCGAUUUCUCAGAAAAUUAGGAAACAACUUUCCUCAAGACCGAGUAAUACCACUUUUGGGUAUAUAUCCAAAGGAAGCUCAAUCGUGCCACAAGGACAUGUGCUCAGCUAUGUUCAUAGUAGCUUUGUCAUAGCCAGAACCUGGAAACAACCUAAAUGCCCCUCAAUUGAAGAAUGGAUAAGAAAAAUGUGGUACAUUCAUACAACGGAGUACUACACAACAGAAAAAUAACGACAGCUUGAAUUUUGCAGGAAAAUGGAUGGAACUAGGAAACAUUUUGAGUGAGGUAACCCAGACCCAGAAAGACAGUUAUCACAUGUACUCACUCAUAGGUGGUUUUUAAACAUAAAGCAAAGAAAACCAGCCUACAAACCAUAAUCCCAGAGAACUUAGACAACAAUGCGGACACUAAGAGAGACUUACAUAGAUCUAAUCUACAUGAGAAGUAGAAAGUAGAAAAAGACAAGAUCUCCUGAGUAAACUGGGAGCAUGGGGACC